GAAUAACACAUUCUUGUAAUAAAAAAAAUCCAUUUUCCUCUAUGAGGCUCAGAUCAAAAUAGAUCUUCUAGUACAUGGAGGUUUUGUUGUUUUCAUAUUUGUUGUGUCAAUUUGUGUUGUGUGUGUUUUUACUGCAGCUUCCACACAUGCCUCACAUCAGUGAGUGUCUAAUGAAGAGGAGCCUGAAGCCCACCGACUUGAGAGACAUGACACUGGGCCAGCUCCAGGUUAUAGUCAACGACCUGCACUCCCAGAUUGAGAGUCUGAAUGAGGAGCUUGUACAGUUGCUGCUCAUCCGAGAUGAACUACACAUGGAGCAAGAUGCCAUGCUGGUCGACAUAGAGGACCUCACCAGGCAUGCUGAGAGCCAGCAGAAACAUUUGGCUGAGAGAACCCUAUCCAAAUAAAAUGCCCGUCCCUGCACUGCUCUUGUUCUCUUCUAAGCUUAGCCCUCGAUCUGAAGCAGACUUUUCCCCUACUGGCCACUCAACCACUGUCCUGAGUCAAUCCAAAUCCUGCCCGCUUGUCCCAAGUAUUUUGCUCCUCUCUGCUUCCCCUGUCUCCCCCCUCCGUCUCCCCCCGUCUGCCUUCUUGUCCAGCCCACUGACUGCAGUGGUGAUAACAGCACAGAAGUCGUAGACCACUCUCGUUCAUUUGCUUCUGUGGUUUUUUGCAGCGCUAAAGAACUGAGAAGCACUUCCUACUUUGUGGGAGAAGAGGAUUGUGUGUUGUCAUGGAUUCUGUCCCCAGCUUCCUGUGCAGUGAUCGGCCUUGCUUUGCUACUGUUUCUUUCAAACUUUCUACAUCCGCCACUGAAUUAUAACUGUUCAAAUGCAAAAAUUGUGGGGGAAAAAAAUAAAAUAAUAGCGAAAAACUUUAGUAGAAAGUCAUUCAUGCGAGAAAAAAAAGAAAAGAAACAACACUGUAUAAAAAAAUUGAAAAAAACUAACUUCUUCAGACCAUUUUAAGUUGGACAGUAAUUUAAAAGUAUUUCAAAGUUGACCUGUUUUUAUUCUGCACAAAUGGUAGUUUUCAACUGAGAAAUGUUUAUUUGAAGGUGCUAAAAGAGUGUAAAGGAAACAUGCCUGCCUUGUAGUGGAGUCGUAGCUUUUGGUAAUACAUUCACUCUAAUUGCUCUUCAACAUUUUGUGAAUGUUGAUUUUCUGACACAAGUCAUUUGAAAUGAAUAAGUGUGUUAAUAUUGUUUUCAUCCUGUUGUAUUCAGAAUCUUUAUUUGAGGGAAGAAAUGUUAUUGUACAGAUAUGUAAAAUAAAGAAUAAACUUUGUUUCAUAGA